CAGCCAGCCAACCAACCUUAGUACUAGCAGUCACACCAUGGAAAGGAGUAGUAGAGUCACAGGUCACCAAUGAUUUGCAGUUUCAGCAAGAGAUAUACUAGGACUUAGGCCUCCCUAAGAGGCUGAGAGAGAGAGAGAGGGGGAGAGAUUUGGUGUUGGUCAGGAGAAGAGAGUGGAGUGAGAGGAUUGGCAGCUUUCAGAUUCUGAAUCUCCUGCAAGCCUACCUCCUAUCUUCUUUGGGGUUUCAGCAGUCUUGUGACAAGCAUCCAUUGUGAUGUACUGACAAGUGGAUGAUCAAGUUAUCAAUCAAUCAAUCAACUGAACCAGUAUGAGCUCCCAGAGUGUUGUUGCAUUGAAGCAGAUUACUGCUCCAGACAAAGUAAUGGAUACUUGUCCAUCGACACAACAUUCUGCUCACAAAUUGUUCGAUGUCAAACCGGAUCAUCAAGGGUCGACGAAUGACAAUUUGUCAUCCAGCAGUCAGUCUUCAAACAUCAAGAUUGAGCUGAUCAGAUCAUCAAGCUUACCAAAUAUCCUGCCAUUUCAGAAACGAAGCUCUGAAUCUGAACCUGAAAGCCCGAUGUCUCACGUGUCGCAUCCCAAUGUUUCAGAACCAGUGUACUCAAAUUCCUCAACCUUCUGCACAAGCUUGUUUUCAUCGUCAUCGAUGGAAUCGGAGCCAUGCCGGAAAUUGGGCACUCUACCUUUCCUGCCUCACCCUCCUAAGUAUGAGCAGCAGGUUUCAGCAGGGUAUUCAUCCAGCUCCUCCCUGCUCCUUAGCGGCGAUGGUGAUAUUGGCAGCGGUCAUGAUGAACUUGAACAGUCAGAUGAUCUGAAAGACUUCCUUAAUCUCUCUGGAGGAGAUGCUUCUGAUGGCAGCUUCCAUGGAGAAAACAAUGCCAUGGCUUUUGCUGAGCAGAUGGAGUUCCAGUUCUUGUCUGAGCAGCUAGGAAUUGCCAUCACUGACAAUGAGGAGAGUCCCCGGUUAGAUGACAUAUAUGGCACACCACCACAACUGUCAUCACUUCCAGUAUCAUCUUGCUCCAACCAGAGUGUACAUAAUGUAGGAUCUCCGGUGAAAGUCCAGCUUAGCUCACCUCGGAAAUCUUCGGGAUCUGCAACGACUAACAAGGCACGGUUGAGGUGGACACUGGAGCUCCAUGAACGUUUUGUAAAGGCUGUGAACAAGCUAGAAGGACCUGAAAAAGCAACUCCUAAGGGUGUCCUGAAACUUAUGAAAGUAGAAGGCCUGACCAUCUACCAUGUAAAGAGUCAUUUGCAGAAGUAUCGUCUCGCAAAAUAUCUUCCAGAGACCAAGGAAGACAAGAAGGCCUCAUCAGAGGACAAGAAAGCUCAGUCAGGUAGCAGUGGAAAUGACUCAGCCAAAAAGAAGAAUUUACAAGUUGCAGAAGCUCUACGACUGCAAAUGGAGGUUCAGAAGCAGCUUCAUGAACAGUUAGAGGUGCAAAGGCAGCUGCAGCUGCGAAUCGAGGAGCAUGCAAGAUACCUGCAGAGAAUACUGGAAGAGCAGCACAAGGCCACCACCACCACCAGCAGCAGCAGCAGCAGCAAACCACAACCCGAAUCGCCUGAACCACCACCAAAACAGAAGGAGGCUGAAUCCGAAGCAGGCGCCACCGCUGCACCUCAUCAACCGGACGCAGGCACGGAACGCAGGUCGCCGCCAGUGGGCAGCAAGAAAAGAGCUAGGGUUCAUGCCGACGACGGCGACGACGAGCCCCAGCGUUCAUAGCUCGUGUAGAGAGAG